AUGUCUGCCACAUCAGGAGUCAACGUACUCCGGUACUCAGCCCUGGCCUUCGGCGUGUUCUACGGCUUUUCUCACCAGAGAUCGAUCAACGCGGCCAACAGGGUAGCUUCGGAGAAGCGGGACUAUGAGCACAAGCAGCAAUUAAUACAGAAGGCCAAGGAGGAGUUCGCGAAGAAGAAGAACCCAGCACCCCUGGGCUCCACAACUGGCGGACUCAACCAAGAUCCGAUGAGCUCGAACUUCGACCUGGAGGCAUACUUCAACGCUUUGGUCAAGGAAAGCCCUUAG